AUGGCAGCUACAAUGGAUUUCUACAGUAGCAGAGCUUUUCAAUCUUCAUCAGAUCCCUUUAGGGGUGAGCUGAUGGAAGCACUUGAGCCUUUUAUGAAGGGUGCUUCUUCAUCGCCACCCAGCUCCAUAUCCACAACCCCUUCUCCUUCUUCAACCUCAAACCCUUUUCUUCCUUCUUUCCCUUCUACCUCUUCCUCCCCCUCCUACAACAACAGCUACCUCUCUCUCUCCUCUUCAAUCCCCACCACCACCACAAUCCAUCAGCCCAAUUUGUACCAAGAUGGUUGCUCCACCUCCUCCUCCGUGACCCUGUUUUCAGAUGGGUUCUUUGAGCAGCUGCAGCAGCAGCAACCAGGCUCAAUUGGGCUGAACCACCUAACCCCUUCUCAGAUCCACCAGAUCCAAGUCCAGAUCCAGGCUCAAAACCAGCCCAACCUGGCUUGGCAAAACUAUCAGAAUCAGCAACAACAAAUUACUCUCCCAGAAAACCACCACCAAUCUCAUACCCUCAGCUUCCUCAGCCCCAAACCCGUCCCGAUGAAGCAGGUGGGUUCUUCUGGUUCGCCGCCAAAACCCACCAAGCUUUACAGGGGUGUAAGGCAACGCCAUUGGGGCAAAUGGGUCGCUGAGAUCAGACUCCCAAAGAACCGCACCAGGCUAUGGCUUGGCACCUUCGACACAGCUGAAGAAGCCGCCUUGGCCUACGACAAGGCAGCUUACAAGCUCAGAGGAGACUUCGCUAGGCUCAAUUUCCCGCACCUCAGGCACAACGGCUCUUCCGUUGGAGGCGAUUUCGGUGAGUACAAGCCUCUGCAUUCCUCCGUCGACGCCAAGCUUCAAGCCAUCUGCGAAGGCUUGGCUGAAACCCAGAAACAGGGGAAGGCAGCAGGAAAGACCAGCAAGAGGUCCUCCGCCACCCGAGCUCCGGCGCCGCCGCCGGAGGUGAAGGUGGAGACCUCCUCGUCGCCGGUGAUGACUGAUAGCGACGGGUCUGCUGGUUCUUCUCCUUUGUCCGAUCUGACUUUCGCCGACAACGCAGAGUUUUUGCCAUGGGAAAACGCCAGUGGUUCUGAAAGCACAGCCAUGUUGGAGAAGUACCCUUCUGAGAUUGAUUGGGCGUCCAUCCUCAAUUAA